CCUCUACCUUGAUGUUGUCUAAUGUUUCCUGAUUGGUUCAUUCCUCCAUCCUUGGUGCUUAUAGGUGGUGGGCUGACUUAAGCAGAUUAGGGAUGUGCAGUGGCAGAGUGGGAGAAUUUUCAGGCAUCACUUUAUGGUCACCACAGCGAUGGCUUCUCCGUGGAAACCCUUCUGCAUCCUCCUCCUCCACCUGCAGCCUUCUUCCUGCCUCCACCGACAGCCUUCUGACAGGAAGCGAUGGAACGAUGAGGAAGGAGGAACGUUUAUUAUUCACAGAGGAUGAUCAGCCUCCUGAACAGAACCCACAUUUAUCACUGAGGAAGUUGCUUCAAACAGCAGCUGCACUCCCUUUCUCUCCUCUGAAGGUUCUCUCCAAUGGAGAGCCGUGUAUUCUGUUCCAGGCCAGGAAACUUUCUCUCCGUUAUGAGAAGCAGAAACCUCUGGACCUGACAGAACGGACCUUUUCUCCUCAGAAACCAGCUGACACCGGCCAGUCUGUCUGUCGUCAGGACACAGCAACGCUGGUCAUGGGCUUUGGAGAUGUGGAGACUUUCAGAGGUCUGUCCAUCAGACUGCAGCUAUCCAACACAUUUUACGAGUCUUCUGGACAGUGGUGGUUCUCGUUGGACAAUGUCACUCUGACAUACAACACAUCUGAAGUGGCUGUGUUCAACGUGACUGACGUGUAUGCUCCGGCCUUGUCCUCCUACCGCUGCCUUCAUGUCAGCAGUCUGCACAGACACAGCGGUCGGUUACUGCCGAGCUCUGACACCGCACGCCGCUGGUCUGUCACCUUUAUUGACUUCCAGAUUCAAGCAUUUACAGUCACCUCUGAUACAUUUUCUCCUGCGAGUGACUGCACCUCCAUCCUGCCUCCAGCCAUCCUGAUGGGGCUCAUCACGUCCCUCAUCCUGCUGCUGGUUCUGGCCUACGCUCUGCACAUGGUCAUCCAUCUAAAACACAUUGAGAACGACGAUGAUCAAAAAGUCGACAUCUACUUCCCUCACAGCCCAGAACCACUUGAUCACUGCUGUGAGGAAACCAUCACAGAGAAAAAUGUUAUGUGAGACAGGCACAGCUGAUGUGAUGACUACAUGGUUUCAGCUCAGGAUUUCACUUUUGGAAGCACACAAACCUCUGUUGUUUUGCAAUUUGUCUGUGAAUUUAUGUUAUCAUCUUUGUUUAAUAAAAAUUUUAUGUAAAAAGAU